AUGCAGCUUCUCACGUACUCAAUUCUGAUCGCUUUGACAAGUGAGUUUUUCGUUUUUCGAGAUAAAUUAAAGAUUUACGCUGCUCUAGUUUACGGUGCCAGUUCUAAAAAUGCAAGUGAAACGGUGGCAACUCCAAAGAAUGCGACAAACAAUACCGGGGGACAAGGGAAGAGUGAGAAUGAGACGGUCAGCGUGCAAACUCGUGGAGUCGUCACAAACAUCGCCUACUUCCACAUGCUCGCCUGUUUUGCGCACGCUAAACUCGAUGACCCUUUGGAGAGUUUCUUGAAAUUGGUAGGAAAACGCAUUGGUGUACUCUGAUUACAAUUACUUCAGAGACUGGGAGAAGAGCUCGGAGACGGAGCAAAAGCCAGAGCGGAGCAGUGUCCCGCGGAACGCCGCAUCUCCUCCACUCACAACCUCACUGAGUUCUUCCUGGUCAGCAAUCUUCAGAAGUACAAUCUGUCGGCGGCUGCCCGGAAGCGGCUCCGUGAAGUUGAGCAGGAAUGGCCGAAAGUCGACCCUAUGGUAAAAUUGAAUGUGAAAAAUUGUCAAAUAAUUGAACUGACUAGGGAAUGGCCCGCACUUACCUUGGGCUUUUGGAAUGGCACCUAUAUGAUUCGAAAGAAAAGAGCCCACACACUCUGCACUAAACUGCAGAUUACAUGUUUAAAAAAAAGAAUUUUGCACGGGAACUUCAGAUGCGAUUUUCUCGCCAGCCAGUGCUCUUUAGCAAAAAUGGAGAGCAGACGAUUCGGAUUCUCCGUGAAAUUCUCUUUCGAAUCAUAUAGGUCCCAUUCCAAAAGCCCAAGGUAACCAUUCCCUAGUGAAACUUUCAGGUUCGUGUUAUGUACGCCGCGUAUUAUACAGACAAAGCGGACAUUUUCGAUAAGGACACGACGGACGAGCAGGACGAUCUUGCGCAAAUCAUGGACGGAUACUAUUCAUUUUCAUGCGACAUGGCUCUGUGCAAGGAAGGCGGUAAGAGGAAAGCGGUUAUUGUGUGUCAUGCUGUACGAGGAGUUCCUCCGAAGAAGAGAGUCAUUUCGAAAGCCGAGUACGAACGACGUUACGGUCCUGUGGAGCCGAAGAGCGACUCUGGUGCCACUGCUUUCACUAUGCUCACGCUUUUCUUUUCUUUCAUUUUUGCUUUGAUGUAAUUGUGAGCUAGAUCUUAAUAUUCAAAUAAAAAUGUGUAAUUAUCCUUUUGUGGAAAUCCACGUGAGCAACUGAUAAGGCUCUGAUAAAAGAUAUCAAUCGAUGGGAACCGCUGCACUAAUUUUUGAAAUGUUUAGUUUAUUACAAUCGUUUUGCGGAGCAGCGAUGAAGACGAUUUUCAUUUGGUCGACACUACUUCUUAUCCUGGUCCCAAGUGGUUAGACCGUAAGAUUCUGCAAUGUCUUUGACCGUUCCCUCUUUUUACAGAUAUUACAAGUGCAAGCGAUAAAGAGCUUCUCAAGAAGAGACGCAACAUGGCGGACCCGUUCAACUUUCGCUACAAUCUGCUCCGACAAAUGAACUACGCCCGUACGCUCAUUGCUUCCGGUGAUCUCGAGCAGAUUAUGGUGACCGGGCAGUUGGCCGGUAGUCCGAAUUCUAUACCUUCAGUUGGUCCCGGCGCGGAUAUGUACAAACUGGUACGGUGUGUCUGGCUAAGAUGUGUUCGCAUAGACUUUCAGAAAUGGAGUCGUGACCUGGAAAAGGUUGCGUACAACAUCGCAAAGGGUAGAAAUCCGAAUGCGACUAUCAAGACGGACGCAGGAAGGGUGCAGAAGUACUCACAAUUCACCUGGAUCGGCGACGUGAUUGAGGCUGUAAAACAGUUUCUGAAGGGUAUGGGAAGCAAUUUCUUGGUCGAUCUCAUAAGCCGAUUGGAGAACGUGGUAAUCUCGACACUCGUCGUGCCUCAUUCCAGCUAGUGCUUCCCCUCAGAUCGAAACUCUCAUGAUUGUGAUUUGGAUGGCGUUGAGCUACCCGAAACUGAACGUGUAUCCAGAAUCGGAGCACGGAACGCAUGGCGCCGCGGAAGCUCUUCAUGCCCGGAGAUAUCAAAUUGGCUGCUACUCGCGAAUCAUUCUAUCCACUUGUGUCCUGGAUGAGUUCGUGUCGAGCAGUUGUAUUUCCGAAGACAACAAUAUUCACAGAGUCAAAUACAAUGGUCGAAUGUUCGAGAGAGGUGCUUCGUGCACCCACUGCCCGCCUGGAUCCGAUUGUGAUUGGUAUCGCGAAGAGGACGGAACGUAUCAGGAAGGAGUUCUGUGUAUCCGAAACGACACUCUGACCGAGCAGCUCGAAGCGAAACAGGAGUCGAUGAUCAGAGCUAAUAUUACCGGGAACAGGGCCGCGCAUUCCGAACACUUUCUCGUUUUUAUACUUCUUCUGAUCAUCUAUAUCCGAUUCUGGCGUAAAUAA